ACUCCCAAAGCGCUGUUGCAUGUUUAUCUACGUGCAACUUUAUUAUUUCUUGAAAAUUCGUUUACGACGACGAAACCAUGACGUUUUAAAGCGGCGAGCGAGUUAACCGGGAUGUUGGGGGGUUUGUGUAGGAUGAUAAUCAGUCUAGUAUAUUUUUAACUCUCGAAUAAGGUCAAUAUUCAUUUAUAGAUACUGUUGCUAGGGAUACAAAAUUACUUGAUCAUUUUUUAAGACUAACAGAAACACCAUGUGGAAGUCACUGGUGACCGAUAAAAAUAAGACCAAUGCGUUGCCACCAUCGAAAACCACGAAGCCGAAGAAGAAGCCUUACAACGCUAAAAUGAGACGGCUCAGCCAGUUUGACGGUUCCGGUGUAGCUAACACGCCCCGUCUUUCGUUAGCGGAGGAUCUCAUCCCCCAGGUGGUAGAUACAAGCUUGUUUGUGGGACCUGUCUAUGAUUCUACCAAGAGGCGACAGAGUGUCAUCAAAGAACAACUCGGGGACAUCACAAAGAGACUCCACAAGACUCUGCACCAGUAUGACGUCUUGGACGAAGUGGAACGCGCUCCUCCGCGACUAGAAAUACUGGAAAACGUCACCAGGAACCUCGAUACCAUGGACCGAGAGGAGUUGAAAGGUCAUCUAGAAGGCUUCAUGGUUGGAUACAAGGAUUUAGCAUCAAGUGUUGAGGAGAGUAACAAAGAGCGAGAGGAGCUUCUCAUGCAGGUAGCAGAUUGGAUGACAGCUGAUCACACUGAUCUGGAGAAUAUGAAAAUGUCAAUAGAUGAGAGUGAGGCAUCAGAGAUCAAUUCAGAGUACAUCAAUACUGUUGCUGAUCUAGAAAAGUUAAAGUCACUGAAAGAAGAAAUCAUAAAAUGUGACUUUAAUGGCCAAAAUACCAAGAUUCUUGAACAGGAGAAGAAACGUUUGGAGAAAAGUGUGAUGGAGGGACUAGCCGAGAUGAAACAGAAUAAACAGACAGGUGGGGAUGGUAAGAUCGAGGAGGAUACUCACUGGAAACAUGCUGCUGGAGAGGUCGUCCAGCUCCUCAACAAAGUCCGACUGGAAAACAAAGAUGAGAAAGAAGAACUAAACAAUAAGAUGACAGAGCUCAUCACUACAAUAGACCGUCAGAAGCUCCAGAUCAGAAGUUUACAAGGUGAUGUGAGGAGAGAAAAACAUGUAGCUUCUCACCUUGCUGAUGACAAUGCAGACCUCACUAAGGAACUGGUACAGUUAAAGGCUAAAAUCUCCAAGUAUGAGAAAGACUUGGAGCAAGCCAAGAAGGUUAUUGAGAGACAGCUGUCCAGUCUGAGUUCAUUGGAUGAUUUUGAUGGCUCCUCUACCAGUCUUGACAUGAAGGCAGCAUCAGCCAUUUGCCAGAACGAAGAUUUCUACAGCAUGGCACGAGAAACGAGCAGCGAUCCCGCCAUCCUAAGGUCACAUCUACGGGAACUGAAGGACAACAUAGAGAGCCUAACAAAGGAACUUAACAGGGCUGCAUCAAAAAUGAAGCAGGUCGAACUGAUGAACAUGGAGCUAGAAAAUAAGGUUGAGGAGUUGGAAAACAGACCACCUGAGGUUAUCACAGAAACUACAACUAUAGUCAACGAAGUUAUUGUGACCAAGGCUCCAAGUUAUUGUGAGUGCCACAUACCAAAGGUUGAAAAGAAGCCAUCAGUAAACUUGGAGCUUGUUGCUGCCCAGGAGGAGAUCGAAAAGCUUACAGAGAAAAAUCAGUAUUAUAAAAAAGCUCUGUAUGACGCCGAGAUGAAACUCAGUGAUGCCUACAAGGAGAUCGCCGAGCUUCGUGUCCUGGUCGACAAGUAUGAAACUGAACCUAGUCCAGUGGUAGUAAAAGAGGUAUCUCCUGUUCAACCCCCUCCCACCCCAGAACCUCCGAAGGUUGAAGAGAAGAAGGUAGUGGUGGUGGAGGAAGAGGUCAUUGUGGAGGAGGUCAAGGAGCCAGAACCCAUUGUAGAGGAAGUGCCUCCUGCAGAGCCACCAAAGAUGAAGAAAGGGUCCAUUACUGAGCCCCCCAAAAUAAAGCCCAAACAGGCCCCACCGAAACCCAAACCAGUCCGCAAGCCUGUAGCCCGAAAACCCCCACAGAAGGUAAAACAAUUGAUGAAGGUGCAAUAUCUGAUCACUAGCUGA